UUUGUUCGAUGCAUCGCCGUGCAACCGCAUUCUUAUCGCCAUUCGCUCAUCAUCAAUAACUACUCUCGGUCGAUAAGCCCUACUGCCACCGCUUCAUUUUUUUCUCUUACUGUUCACAUGCGGUCACAUCCCAUGUUCAUCUGUCUAUCUGCACGAUAUAAGACGCCUGGUUGACACGACAAUUCAGCCGCUAUCUUGCUCUCCUUCGCGGGUAUAGACUUUUGUAUUCUUUUGUUCAGGAUAUUCUUUUUCUUGUCUUCCAGCACCCUGGGUUUUACGCAUUCUCCAACAUGCUGGGACUAUCAUCGAUAACCGUGCUCCUUGCGUUGGCUACUCUGGCCAUAUCGUCUCCUCUCCAGCGAUUGGAAGAUCACAUCACACAGAUUGGCAGACGCCAGUCAGGGACUUUUGCCGUCACGGGUGCGACGGGCGGUGCCUACCCUCGCCUUGAGAUUCGAGAUAUGCAAAAGAAUGCGCCGCUGUGGAAUUUGUUUCUUGCGGCUCUGGAACGGUGGCAGGCGGUCGAUCAGGAUGACAAGACUUCCUACUUCCAGAUAGCCGCUAUCCAUGGUCAGCCAUUGAUACCCUGGGAUGGCGUAGGCGCAACAGGUAGUAACCAAGUGGGAAUGUGCCCACAUGACUCCAACGUGUUUGGAACGUGGCAUCGUCCUUAUUUGGCACUUCUCGAACAACUUCUUCAAGUACAGGCUUUCAAUAUCGCAAACUCUCUUCCCGAUGGCGACACCAAAUCCAAGACUCGUGAUCUGGCAAACCAAUUGCGGUUCCCCUAUUGGGACUGGGCCAUGAAUCCGCCCAAUGGAGGCCCUAUCCUGCCAGACUCGGUCACUGCCCAGACUGUAACCAUUGUGUAUCCCGAUGGAACGAAAACGAAUCGACCGAACCCUCUCUUUCAAUACAGAUUCCACCCCCUGAAAGCCAAUUGGUUCGGUGGUGCAUACAACAAAUGGGACCACACUGUCCGAAAUCCAGCUGACGUCAACAACGUUCAAAGUCCUAGCAACAAUGGCGAAGCCGAGUCCAAACUGCAGCAGGGCCAUGCCAAUCGGCGUAGCUCACUCUACAACAUUCUGACUCAGCAUCAAACUUUCAAUCAGUUUUCGAACCAUGGAACAGGAAACUCGCCGAUUGGUAAUCUAGAGACCAUCCAUGACGGAGUACAUCAAGUCUUUGGCGAAGGGCACAUGCAGUACCUCACUGUGUCAGCAUUCGACCCAGUCUUCUGGCUCCACCACAUAAACGUAGAUCGCUUGAUCACGCUCUUCCAGACGGUGUACCCCGAUACCUGGGUUGAGCCAUGGUCGCAACACGGAGACACUUGGGUGUACAAAUCAGGCACAACCCUCAACAGCGACUCAGCACUCCUCCCAUUCCAUGCCUCCACCGACGGUCUAUCAGCGUGGAAUUCUGCAGCAGCAGCAGACUGGACCCGCCUCGGCUACACAUACCCAGAACUCGUCAACAGACCCUCCAACGCAAGCGUACGAUCAGCAAUCAACAAGCUCUACGGCAACAACCAAGCAGCCCAGAAAGGCAUCUCAAGCCGAAAGCGCAACGCCAGCGGCAAGACCUACCUCGCCGCCAUCGAAGCACCCGUACAAGCCCUCGACGGCCCCUACGAAGUCGAAGUAUGGCUCGGCCCAAUCGACGGUAAAACACUCGGCUAUGGCCCAUCAUCAUACGUCGGCUCCAUGGCCAUCCUCGCCACUCCCGGCAUGAAUAUGAACAACGUCAUCCGCGCAAGCGUGCCGCUCACCGAACGCCUAAACGAAAACGGCAUCGCCGGCAUACUACCCGACCUGGGCCUCGAUAGCAUCCUAUGGAGCCUCAAGAAGGAACUGCACUAUCGCGUCAUGCAAAAGGGAGUGGAAGUGCCAAAGGAGAGGAUUCCAGGCCUCAAGGUCGCUGUGUUUAGCGCAGACGUCAGUCCUGCGGCUACCGAUGAGGACUUUCCCAUCUGGGGCGAUCUGACCAAGCAUAACGACAUCACGGACGGUUGGUCGGCGUGGGAUGAUGAUACUUGAUGAGGAGGACGGGUAGAUGUAAUGUUGAAGGCUUGAGCCGCGGACGCAUUUUCUGUUAUCGUCUGGAACUUGGGGCAGUGUAUCUGGUUUUUGCAUAGGGAGCUGCAUGUAAGAAGAUUGAGUAAGUUAUAGACGAUUGGCCGGCUAUAUAGAGAGCCUGGACAGG